GUGGGUAGGGGACAGGCAUGGACCUACGGCCGUAGGGGCAUCUCCGUAACAACUUGAGACAUCAAUCAUUAGAGACUUUACAACAAUUUGGAAAAAAUUAAAAAUUAAAAUACAGGACAGAGGAUGCCAUUAAAAAAAGGGCAGUUAUCAUCAUGGCCUCGAGAUGUGACACAAGGGAUGAAUUAGCUAAGCCAAACCCUCCAAUGCACAUCCAAGGUUCAUCUCUCAACUCUUAUCGCGAAACUCUAACAGGCAUUGCUUUUGAAUGCCGUCAGCUUAUCUCCCAUUUUGUCGCGUCCCACACCUCGCGUACGUUGCUAAAGAUGACAUGCUAUCAUGUUCGAAAUUACUGUAAAUACCUAACUUAGGUUCCAAUAAGGACGAAUACAAGCAUGAUCAGAUUAUUCGGGUCAGAUAUAUAUUGUUGACAUCUCACAGUAGGGCUUCUUGCUUUUCUCUACCCAGUCGCGUUGGCUAUCCGCUAUUCCGCAUCAAUGACGAAAGUGGUAAACAACGUUGCUUCAUAUCUCGAGGAAUAGAUACCUAGGUAAUAACUUUGAAGUCACUCAUUCGCAUAGGUAAUUAAGGGGUGUGCAUAACUACCCAGGCAUUCACUUACACCACCACGUUUGGCAUUAUGGCUAGCAACACCUACCACCCAGGCCAACUCCUCCAGGAGAAGGACCAUCAACCGAGUUCAGGCGGUUUAGGUGCUUUAGGGGAGGCAGAUGGCGUGAUGGAUUUGACUAGUCCUGGACUUGUCAAUGAUGUUUUCGGCGAAGAGGAGAAUCAUGACAUCAAAUACAAAACAUUGACCUGGCAACUGGUUGCCGUCAUGAUGAUCACGGAAAUCGUAUCGAACGGUAUGCUCACCUUGCCGAGCUCUCUCGACGCUGUAGGCAUUGUCCCUGGCGUUAUUGUCAUCGCGUUCCUCGGCGCAUUCGCUACUUUCACAUCCUGGGUGCUCAUAGAGUUCAAAUUACGACAUCCCGAAGUUCACAAUAUGGGCGAUGCCGGAUACAUCUUGUUUGGGCCCAUUGGCAGAGAGAUACUGGCCGGAGGAACCAUCAUCUUUGCUAUCUGCGCCACGGGCUCGCAGAUCCUUGCAGGCCAGCUCGCACUAACAGUUCUCUCCGACGCGAAACUGUGCGCGCUGGCGUUCGCGGGCAUAUUCACAGUGGCAACCACCAUCUGCAGCUUCUCUCGCACUCUCGACCAUUUGAGCUGGCUCUCUGUUGCUGGCGGUGCAUCCAUCAUCGUUGCGGGAGUCGUUGCGAUGGCUGGAGCAGGCGCCGUGCCAGUCGACCCUGGUGACGUGUUCAUCGCAAGAGCGACCGAUUUCCCCUCGGCGUUCAUCAGCAUUACGAAUCCCGUGUUCGCUUACGCGGGCCAUUUCAUGUUCUUCAUCCUCAUCUCCGAGAUGAAGAAUCCAAAAGACGCCAUGAAGGCUGCCUGGACGCUGCAGAUUAUCGCGACUGCCUUCUACAUCGUGUUUUCGGUUGUGACCUAUUGGUAUAUCGGCAAAGGGGUAUCGAGCCCGAGCCUCCUCAGCCUAAGCCCUCUAUGGUCCAAGAUAUCUUUUGGGCUUGCCAUACCCAAUUUCUUUAUUUCGGGUAGUCUGUAUAGUCAUACAGCAGCCAAGCUCGUAUUUGUACGCCUUUUUAGACGGAGCCGUCAUAUCCACUCACACACGUUCACGGGCUGGGGCAUUUGGACUCUGCUUAUCCUUUUAGCCAAUGCCGCAGCUUUCGUCUUUGCGGUCGGGAUACCUGUCUUCAACUACCUUGUCGGCAUCACCGCCUCGCUGUUUGCUGCGUGGUAUACCUACGGCCUAGCAGGGGCUUUCUGGUUGCAUGACACGUAUCACUUUAAGGGGGGAUACAGUGCCUGGUUUCAAAAACCUACGAUGUUUACUAUCAAUGUCUUUACUAUCCUCGCGGGCGCCUUCAUUUGUGUCGGUGGGUUGUACGCCACGAUAUAUUCGUUGAUACAGGCAGCAGCGGCUGGUGAACUAAUACAGCCAUUUCAAUGCUGAUAUCAAAUUUCACAGUGUAGCCAAAGAAGCUGUAGCAGCCAAUGAGGGAUAUUAAUGAUACGUCGUCUUAGUGAAGUAAGAAGUAUAUAUAAUUAGAGAUUUAAAUAUUCGUAGAACACUAAGUAGGUAUGUAGCUGAGUAGCAGUAGUUAAAAGAAGGUGGUGUGUCUUUACCCCUGAACAUCAAAGGUGGAACACACAGCAUAUUCAUACCACAAAC